AUACAUAAUUGCACUAGGGUUUAAAUUGGUGGCACGAUGUCGUACUGAAGAAAAGGCUUUUGAAAUGGCAAAUUAUUACAAGAGCUUUCUUAUUGCUCUCCCACUUACUCAAGAACAAAAAACCUUAUUAACUAAGGAUUUAGAUAAUAAUUGGAUGUGCGAUGAAUGGAGAUUACAAUUUAUUGAUGCUGGUCAUCUUCCAAUUAAUCAUCAAAAAAAUUUAAUAACCACCAAUAAUUAUAUCGAACAGAUGAAUCGUGCAAUUGAAUCUUAA